AUGCAUCAACUUUCCUUUGAAGAAUUUCAGAGCUGGUGCAAAGAACAUGGGAUCACAUACCUGACAGGUGCACCAUACUAUCCUGCUAUUAACGGAGCAGCAGAACGUUUGGUGCUGUCUUUCAAGCAAGCACUGAGAAAAUCUUCUCUGCUCCUAAAGCAAGCUCUUCAGGAGUUUUUAAUGCAGUACCGGAGAACACUGACAUCCUGUGGACUCUCUCCAAGUGAACUCUUGAUGUCCUGGCAGAUCCGGACUAGGAUUGACUUUCUGCUGCCCUCUUCAGUACACAUAGCUCAGGGCAAGCGAUCCAAGGUGUCAUCAAAGGUGGAGAUAACAACAGACUCAGAAGGUGUUGCCAAAGUAACCAAACAGUACAAGACUAGUGAUCCUCUACAUGCACUGUACAAUGGACCUUUCUGUGACAAGCAGCCAUGA